CUGACUUCGUCCGGUUGUGUCGGCUACUUGCUGCUGGGCUAACGUGAGGGGUGAUGGCUUAGUUGACUGCUCAGCAGCAGAGGAUGCCGAAUAAAACCAAAAUCUUUCGUCUGGAGGGAAUACUGUGAUGCCUUGUCGACAACCUUUCAUCUGUAUGUGCUUUGGGGAGUCCCUGUCGGCAAAGGUAGAGAAACGGCGUCUUGCCUCUUCGAACAGCUGUUCACGGGGAGCUGUCACCGAAAGAAGGAAAUAAGACUAUAAAUUGCCAGUAACGAUGAUUUCGUGAAGCUGAACGACUACCUGGAAUGUAGGCCUGACGAUACUGAAGUCUCCGAAACAUCGGAAUCGGCAUCUUUGUCUCUGCGGCCAAUUUGGAUACUACAAACAAGCUAAUUGUUUCGUUAGCUUAAGGUUACUGGCCAGACUGGGUUAGCCUGAAGCUCGCUGGCUAUCUUGUUUCCUAUACAUUUACAUUCAUGGAAUCUGAGGCACAAACUGGAUAGUGUAGUGACUGUAGUGUGAUGGCUAGGUCUGCUGUUAGAAUCCUUAUCUGCAGAAAUGUGUAAUUGGAUUUUAAGACAUUAUUUGAUUGUUUCUAAAACGUGCCAUUGCUCUGUAUAUAAUAAGCACACAUCAGUGCAUGCCUGGUUGAUCUGAAAGGGUGUCUUGUGGGAACAAUAGGCGCUGAUAAAUUAGCCAGUGAUUUGCCAAAAGCAGCGUUUUCUUGUUUGACAACUCAGUACCGCUACUCAACAACAGCAACACGAGAUACUGUUGUUGUGUAGCGUCUAAUGUUAGUCUGCCAACGUGACGUGUCGUGUUUACUGAAGUGCCACCGCACCUGGCAAGCUGUCAGUGGCUGCCUGCCUGGGUGUGACAAGGAAGCGUUCAAGGCUGUUCCCAGAAGCACACCUGGGUUGACGAGGGACCUGCCUAGUUCUAUUGCACUGUAUUCCCCCCAGGCGUGUUCAGUCAGUCGGUUUUCAUAUGUAGAUAAGCAGUGAGAUCGAUAUCGCAUUCUGUACAUGAAGUCUGCUCUAAAAAUAGGCCAAGCAGUAGAUAGGUGAGCUGAGCGCUGACUGUGUUGUGUAGAUAUUUUGUUCUGUGUAAUGGACCAAAUGAGAAGAACGGGGCUGAAGUGUCAACAACACUAGUCGCAGAGCGUUCACAGGCGUUCACAUUACUUCAUCCGUUCAGUAAGAGUUGGUACAUUCACGAGUAUGAGGACAAGCUGGAUGCUGUCUUGUCCUUGAUAAGUCCUGUGGUUGCUGUAAGCAUGUGGACUGCUGUCCGAGCCUGUGCUGCUACCACCAUGAGGAUGCCAUGGAUGCUGAUGAUAGUGGCAGCUCUCCUCUGCCCAGCCCACUCCAUGACCCGAGAGGAGAGGCAGAAACUAAGGGAUCAGGUGGUUGAGAUGUUUGACCACGCUUAUCGUAAUUACAUGGACCAUGCCUAUCCAGCCGAUGAGCUGAUGCCCCUGACGUGUAGGGGGAGGGUGAGGGGGCUGGAGCCCAGCAGAGGAGACGUGGACGACGCGCUGGGGAAGUUUUCCCUCACUCUCAUCGACACGCUGGAUACUCUGGUGCUUUUGAACAAAACUGAGGAAUUCGAAGCAGCGGUGAGAAGGGUCUUGUCUGACGUGCGACUGGACAAUGACAUUGUGGUGUCUGUCUUUGAGACCAACAUUCGAGUGCUGGGGGGUCUCCUGGGGGGCCACUCGAUGGCGGUGAUGCUUCGUGAGGGGGGUCGCCAGAUGCAGUGGUAUGAGGACGAGCUCCUGCACAUGGCCAAGGACCUGGGACUCAGACUGCUGCCAGCCUUCAAUACCAGUAGUGGCCUACCCUACCCUAGAGUGAACCUACGUCACGGCGUGCGCGGCCCGGAGACGCGGACGGGCACGGAGACGGAGACCUGCACGGCCUGCGCUGGAACCAUCAUCCUGGAGUUCGCAGCCCUCUCCCGCUUCACUGGGGACCCCAUAUUCGAGAAUCACGCGAGGAGGGCUCUUGACUUCCUGUGGGAGAAGAGGCAGCGGAACAGCAACCUGGUGGGGACCACCAUCAACAUCCACUCUGGGGAGUGGGUACGCAGAGACAGCGGCGUGGGUGCGGGUAUCGACUCGUACUAUGAGUACCUGAUGAAGGCCUACAUCCUGCUGGGGGACGACUCCUUCCUGCAACGCUUCAACGUGCACUAUGCGUCCAUCAUGAAGUACAUCAGUCAGCCUCCGCUGCUGCUGGACGUCCACAUCCACAAGCCCCUGCUGCCCGCACGCACCUGGAUGGACUCACUCCUCGCCUUCUUCCCCGGCCUGCAGGUGCUGAAGGGGGACAUUCGGCCGGCCAUCGAGACGCACGAGAUGCUUUAUCAAGUUACAAAGAAACACAACUUCCUGCCCGAGGCGUUCACUACUGACUUCAGGGUCCAUUGGGCUCAGCAUCCACUGCGUCCCGAGUUUGCAGAGAGCACCUAUUUCCUCUAUAAGGCCACGCGUGAUCCGUACUACCUGGAGGUGGGCCGCUCGGUCCUGGAGAACCUGAACCGCUUCGCACGCGUGCCCUGUGGCUUCGCAGCCAUGAAGGACGUCCGCACAGGCAGCCACGAGGACCGGAUGGAUUCCUUCUUCCUGGCGGAGAUGUUUAAGUACCUGUUCCUGCUGUUUGCGGAGGGGGACGAGCUGCUGUUUGAUAUUGAGGAUUACGUCUUCACUACCGAGGCUCACCUGCUGCCCCUCUCUCUUUCCAUGGCACCGCGCUCACAGACAACGCCCCCUGCUGCCAACGCCACGGCUGUGGAGGAGGAGCUUGAUGACUCCAACUUCGACUGGACGUGUCCCAACACCCACCUCCUCUUCCCAGACCCCGCCUUCCCUCGGAACUUCAGGGACCCAAUCAAGAUGGCCAUCGACAAGAGCUGUCCACGCCCCCACUCCGUCAUCCGUGAGCCUGGUAUGGGCCGUCUGCCGCUGAGGGCUCAGGACUUCAUGGCCCAUAAUCCCGAGCACCUGGAGCUGCUGCGCCGCAUGGGGGUCAGCCUCAUACACCUCAAGGACGGACGCGUACAGCUCGUGCAGCACGCCUCUCAGGCGGUGAGUGCCAUCGCGGCGGAGGACGGCAUGCGCUUCAUGCAGGAGAUGAUGGAGUUGUCGUCGCAGCAACAGAAGGAGCAGCUCCCGCCGCGCGCUGUGCAGAUCGUCUCGCACCCCUUCUUCGGACGUGUCGUGCUGACCGCAGGCCCCGCCCAGUUCGGCACCGACCUAUCCAAGAGCAGCACAGGGGUGCGUGGCUUCAUCACGGUGGCUGAGCCCUAUAGUGGCUGUGCUGAGCUGAGUAAUGGGGAGUUUGUUGCGGGUCGCAUCGCACUGCUGCAGCGGGGGCAGUGCAUGUUCGCAGAGAAGGCCCGGCACAUCAUGAAGGCCGGGGCCAUCGGAGGCAUCGUCAUCGAUGACAACGAGGGGAGCAGCAGUGACACGGCGCCGCUGUUCCAGAUGGCGGGAGAUGGCCGCAGCACGGAUGAUGUGACGGUGCCCCUCCUCUUCCUGUUCCACAAGGAGGGCAACAUCCUGCUGGAGGCCCUCAGGGAAUACACGGAGGUGGAGGUGAUGCUGGGGGACAAGGCUCGCGACCGCGCCUCUCUCUUUAAAGGGAAAGCUCUGCCGGGCGCCCUACUGGACGGCAGUGGAGACAUGGAGGAAGGUGACUGCACCACUGAGGAAAAGGACCAAGCAGGAAGAGAACCCAAACAACCCGCCUCCUCACCCCCUCUAGACCAAUCACAGCCCAGCACUCAACACACAAAACAUGCUCCUGACCAAUCGGAAGCAGAGGAGGAGGACGAGGAGCAGGAAGAGGCGGGAGAGGAGGUGGUGGUGACGGCAACGAUAGCGGCGGUGACCACACCCCCGCCCAAGGAGCCCAGCCAAUCGGCUGCUCCGAAAGAGGCCAAAGAGGAGGAGCAGCAGGCGUCGGCGACCAAUGAGAAGGACAAUGAGCGUCUGCUGGCGCUGCUGGCCGAUUGGCAGGAGGACCUGGAGGCCUUCAGGCAGAUGGAGAAGGAUGAGCUCUGACCAGACGCACACAACACGACACAACACAACACGACACGACACACCACAACACACUACGGCGGGGCGCAAUAGAUGUGGCGGUCAUUAUGUCUAACUGUUAAGUCAAGACUUCGGUUUUUCUUAAUGUUUUCCCAAAUGUAAAAGUUCUAUCUUUUACCUUUUACCUGACGUGUUUUGACGGUGUAGCAUUCGUCUCGUGUCCGACAUGUGACCCUGGGAUGAAGAUUGAAGCUACACCGUCGAAACAAGUCACGUAAAAGAUAAAACUUUAACUUAAUGUCUGAAACACAAGAGAAACCCAAGUCUUGAAGACACUACGGCAGUAGUACUGUACAUCUUAGCCACUGAGGAACACAGUACAGGAGAAAUGGGGUGGGAUGGAAAAGCAGGAGGGAUGGUGUGGGAUUCGUCUUGUGGGUGGGAGGCAUGGUGGCAACACACAGUGACUGCUUUAUUCUUUCAGCAACCAAUCUGCCCUACCUAUCCAACCCAUGCCUAGUCCUUCAUCAUCCCCCCAUCCCUAUUCUCCUUUUCUUUCUUUCUUUCUUUCUCUCUUUCCAUUCAUUUCCACUCUUCUCCUGGUUUCUUCUUCACCUCUAUAUGCUCCUCUUCAGUACCUCAGGUGUUCCUGUGUUUACUCUCUUCCUUGAACUGCUCCCUUCCUUGAACUGCUCCCUUCCUUCCUUGCCUUCAGUCAAAUGGAAACAUGGAUCAGAUGAGACUGACCUGAUAAAAGAAAGGAAAAACCAGGAUUUUAUUUUCUUUUUACAUUUUUUGUGCGUAAUUUAAUAAACCGUCGCACAAAAAAAGAAACAAAACAUAAGUGGGAGCAGAAAAAUCCUGGUUGAAGAUCCUACCACUGACUGACUGACUGACUGACUGACGAACGGACUGACUGCUGUGCACCUCAUCCCCGGCGCUGCUGCGAUGCUGCCCAGCUGACACUUCGGGGGCCUUCUCUCUCGUCUUAACGUCUUCCCUCCUCCGCUUGGAACGAAAUAAAUAAAACAAACAUGGAUCUCUUCUCUUCUUGGGAAACACAAGUCACAGUGUUGAUUAUCAGACUGAUUAUAUGUUUUGAUUCAACUGUGAUUUUCUUUCUUGUUUUUUGUUUUUGUUUUUUAAUUUGUUUUUUGGCUCUGCUUUGUCACUUGCUCUUUUUUGUAAUGGCAUUUGUACUAAUUUAAAAUUGUGUAGGCUGUCUAACUAGUGGGGGUCAUUGGUGAGUAACUAUACUGUGAGUGGUGUGGUGACCAUGAAGGUUAAGGAAAGUUUAAAAAUGUUUAAGUUCUUUAAAAAAGAAAAAAAUAGGAAAUCUGAAUUAUCACCUCUUCCUUUAUAUUGGAAUGACGGCGUGUACGUACUGUAUAACCAUAUGUGAUUUGAUGUAUAUGGUAUACACAAUACAUGUAUUAUAAAUGUGCGAUGUUA